AUGGUAAAGAUACGUAAGAAUGUUGAAAAUAUGGAAAUCUAUGAUUAUAUGAAGGAUUUAAAUGAAAAUAUAUGGGAAUAUUUUUUUGAUGAUUCUUUAGCUCAUGAAACAAUUUUUCAUUCGUUAAAUGAAUUAGAACAAAUUAUUAUUUCUCGAUUGUUAUUUAUUCAACAAGUUGUUUCAGAAAGGGCUAUGAGAUUAUGGAUAAAUCCUCAUUUUUUAAAAAAUUUAAGUGAAGGCAUAAAAAAUUUAGUAGAUGCAAAAAUAUUAAUAGGAAGUGAUACAAAAAAAGAUAAUUAUAGUCAGUAUAAAAUAAAUGAUAAAUUUCGAUAUACUUUACUAAAUAAAAUUUAUAAAUGCAAUGAAAAUAAUAUUUUUAUAUUUAAUUAUAAUAUUAAAGAACAAAUAGAAAGAGAAAAAAAUUUACAUAAAAAUAAUUUAUUUCCAACAAAAGAGGAAAUUUUUAGUUAUGCUCAAACUAAAUGGAAUAAUUUAUUGCACUUUAUUGCCUCCCCUAAAAUGAAUAAUUUAAAUUCAUACUUGGCUUGUGACAACAACAGUAAUAUGGAAAAUAAUUAUUCAAAUUUAGAUUAUUCAUACUCAAACAAUUUUAAAAAUGAUGAUUUAAACAAAAAUAAAUCGAUAUAUAAAAUGUCUCACUAUACUCCUUUUAAAAAAAAUGGAAAAAAAUAUCAAGACGAAGAAGAAGAAUAUGAAAACUAUGAAGACGAGCAAUUUGAAGAAGGGGACGAAGAAGAAGAAGAUAAUCAAGAAUAUCAAGAAGAAGCAGAUCAUAAAGAAAAUGAGCAAUUAAGUCAGGAAGAAUAUGAUCAACUUGAAGAGAAAAAAGAAUCAAAAGAGUAUUAUGACUAUGAACAAGAAAAUAGUAAUUAUAUGUACGAGAAUACUUACAUAGGUAAGCAUAAUAGUUCUAAUAUUAAUAAAGUAAAUAAUGAAAAUAUAAAUCAAUAUGAUUAUUAUAAGAAAAAAAAAAAAAAAAAAAAAAAAAAAAAUAUAUAUGCAUAUAAACAAAAUGAAUUAUAUUAUAAGAGUUUGCAAAACAAAGAAAAUGGCUAUAUAGAAGAAGAAAAUAGUACUUUUUUUUUUUCUAAUGAAAAAGAUACUUUCUCUUAUAUUCCAUGUGGAAGUGUAAUUAAAGUAUUAAAAAGGAAAAAUUUCAUUUUAGAUGAUUCAAACAAUAAUAAAGCUAUAAGUAUGAGUAGAGAAGCAUUUUCUUGGUUUUUAAAAGAUUUAAGAAGUAGAAUAGUAUCUUUAGUUCUUGAAUAUUUACUAAUAAUAGAUGAUGGAAAUGUGACAAAUAUAGCUCAAGAAGUUUCCACAAAAUAUAAAAAGAAGAAUAAUAUUGAUAAUAAUAAUAGUAGUUAUGCAUAUGACAAAGAUAAGAAUGAUUCUUCCACUGAUCAUUCAUAUAUAACAAAAAAAAAUAAGGAUCCCAAAAAAUCUGAAACGUAUGUUAAAGAAAUUUUAUUAUUCAUUUUAUCUAUAUCUCAAUGUGAUAUCAGUCAACCUAUAUUUCUAGAUAAUUUAACAAUAUCUCAGAAGGAAUUUAUUGAUUUUGGUAUGCAUAUUGGCUUGUUUUAUAAGCCGAAUGAAAACUACAUAUUCACAACUCCAUAUGCUUUAUUAUUAACUAUUAAUAAUACUAAUACACAAUCUUAUUUGUCCUUAUUGAGUAAUAUGACUGUCGAAGGGCUAUGCAAUGAUAGAUUUAAAAAAAAAUUAAGUGAAAAAUAUUUUCAUCCUUAUUUAUUAUUGCAAGAACAGAACCAAAUAAUGGAUAAAUCUUCGGAUGAUAAAGGUAUUCAAAUUAUGGAUAAAAAUAAAAUAACCAAUAAAUUAAUUAAUGAAAGUUUAUAUUCUGAAAAAAAAAUGAAUGAAAAUGAUAAUUUAGAAAUAGGUUUAAUUGUUCAAAGUAAUUUUAAAGUAUACUUAUACACAUCAUCUUUGUUAAAAAUUAAUAUUUUGAGUCAUUUAUGUGAAUUACAAGCAAGAACACCAAAUAUGGUAGUAGGAAUAUUAACAAGAAGAAGUGUACUAAAUGCAUAUAACUCUGAUAUCACAGCAAAUCAAAUAAUUAAAUUCUUAGAAUCGUAUUCUCAUCCAUGCAAAAGUAAUUUUAAAAAUACCAUACCUAUAAAUGUAAUUACUCAAUUAAAACUAUGGGAGUCAGAGAGACAUCGUUUAACCUUUGAAGAUGCUAUUGUUUUUAAAACAUUUGAAAAAGAAUUUUUGCCUUACUUAUAUCAACAAAUUGUUAUAUGGGCUAAUAGUAAAAAUUAUUUACUUUACUAUACACCUUGGCCGAAAAAUAAUUCCAAAGAGUUUGAUGUUUGGUUAAAAUCAGAAAAAUAUCUUUGUUGUAUUUAUGAAUCCAAAAAUGAAAUAAUUGAUAAAAUUAAGGAAAUAAGAGAAAAAUUAUUAAAAAAAAGACAAAAACAAUAA